AUGGGCGAUAGCCUUUCUGUUAGCGAAUGUGUAACUCACGUUUAUCAAGCUGCCCGUGAUGGUUCUUCUAACCUGACUGAUCUUUUAAAGCGGCUGAAACCUGGACAAAGUAAAACCGCUUUGGAAACAAAAACUAAAGAUGGUAGCCAUUUUGCCACUCCUCUCAUCAUCGCUGCUCGCAAUGGACAACUGAAUUCUGUGAAGAUUCUUCUAAGAUAUGGAGCAGACAUCGAGGCUCGAGGAACGCUGAAGAUAGAGAACGAUGUUAUAGAGGGUUGUACACCUUUGUGGGCCGCUGCUGCUACUGGUCAUCUUGAUGUNAUCGCUGCUCGCAAUGGACAACUGAAUUCUGUGAAGAUUCUUCUAAGAUAUGGAGCAGACAUCGAGGCUCGAGGAACGCUGAAGAUAGAGAACGAUGUUAUAGAGGGUUGUACACCUUUGUGGGCCGCUGCUGCUACUGGUCAUCUUGAUGUUGUGAAACUGUUAAUCGAACGAAAUGCAGACGUUGAAGGUAGAACACCAACGAAUUCGACUCCAUUGAGGGCUGCUGCCUACGAUGGGUACCUUGACGUUGUAAGAUGUUUGGUUGAGAGCGGAGCAGAUGUGAAUGCACGAAAUUUCUAUGAGCGCACCCCACUAGACGCAGCGUGCUACCGUGGCCACUUAAGUGUUGUUACCUAUCUUAUUAACAAAGGCGCCAUUAUGGAUCUGCAAUGCAAUGAUGGCAGCACUGCACUUCACAGCGCUGUUGAACAGAGCCACUUGGAGAUUGUCAGUCAACUUUUGGUUCUUGGAGCAUCACAACUGCCAAAUAAUCAAGGUUUAACACCUCUUCUUUAUGCCUGCGAUAAAUGUUCCAUUGAAAUCGUCGAGUAUCUUAUCAAAAGACCGGAAUGUACAAAGGAACAGAGAAUUAAUGCUCUUGAACUUCUUGGUGCCACCAUUGCUAUUGAUCGACCUCGUGACACUGAGAAAGCGCUUAGUUACAUGAAACGUGGGAUGGAGGAGAGGUACGAAGAUUUGGCACAUCCACUGCUUAAAACGAGAAUGGAACCUGUGGAAGCUUACCAAAAUAGAAAAGAGAGUCAAACUCUAGAGGAAAUUGCUCUGUUAGAAGGUGAUGAUCAUGCUAUUGGCAUGGAAGGACUAAUAAUCAGAGAGAGAAUCCUUGGGCCUGACAAUCCAGCAAAUUUCUUUAGAAUCAGAUACCUGGGAGCUGUUUUAGUUGACUUAUACGAGGAGUACGAGCUUUGUAUUGGUUUGUGGCAACGAUGCAUGGAGAAAGCCAUAAACUGCGAUUUUCCGAUAAUAGAAGAUCUUGAACGCCUCCCGGUUUUAUUCGGAGAAAUGUUAAAAAAAGGUAAACUUUUACGACCGAAUUUCAUCGAAGACGUGUUUGAAAUACUGGUUGCUGAAAGUGAGAAACAAACCGAAAAACGUAUGUCUAAAAAUUUACAAGAGCGGCAGGAAAAUGAGGAGCUAGAAAAAACGCUUUACUGUGCUCUCUAUCUUUUGGUAAUAUACAUCAAAGUUAAAGGUCAAAACGCCAACAUGAUUGACUUUCUUCAAAGAUUCCUGCUUUUAAACCCUCUAACGAAUGAUGGAAAUACUCUACUGCACUUAGUUGCGUGGCAUGAAACACCAUUCUUUUCAUUUUUAAAUGAAAAAGAAGAAACUCUUCGUAGUGUGGGCAAGCUUCCCUGUAUUGAGACCAUGAAGCUUAUCUUACAUGCAGGGUGUAAUGUAAAUGCCGUUAACACCGAGGGAAACACACCUCUCCAUCUAGCUGUGAAGUAUAAACCUGCUGAGCCUGAAGAUGUCNGUUUGAAAUACUGGUUGCUGAAAGUGAGAAACAAACCGAAAAACGUAUGUCUAAAAAUUUACAAGAGCGGCAGGAAAAUGAGGAGCUAGAAAAAACGCUUUACUGUGCUCUCUAUCUUUUGGUAAUAUACAUCAAAGUUAAAGGUCAAAACGCCAACAUGAUUGACUUUCUUCAAAGAUUCCUGCUUUUAAACCCUCUAACGAAUGAUGGAAAUACUCUACUGCACUUAGUUGCGUGGCAUGAAACACCAUUCUUUUCAUUUUUAAAUGAAAAAGAAGAAACUCUUCGUAGUGUGGGCAAGCUUCCCUGUAUUGAGACCAUGAAGCUUAUCUUACAUGCAGGGUGUAAUGUAAAUGCCGUUAACACCGAGGGAAACACACCUCUCCAUCUAGCUGUGAAGUAUAAACCUGCUGAGCCUGAAGAUGUCGAGAUUUUGAGAGAAAUGCUGCUGUUGUUGUUAGAUAUCGGUGCAGAUCCAAAGCUAGAAAACAAAAAUGGUCAAACACCACUGGACAGCUGUGAAAUCGACGCGGCUCGUAUGAUCCUGUCCGAGAAAAGAGGACUGAGUGCCAUGAACGUCGACGUCGGAGAUGUAAGUAAUAUUAACAUAUUAUAAUUUUGCAAAAAUCAUUUCUCUUUCUCGAAAUGAGAGAGUACUUUCUUCCAAGUCCGUAUGUUGUGUUUAUGAUAAUACGUCACGCUUGUCUGCCCGUCCCUAUCUGAACGCCUGGAUCGGAGUAGGGUGAAUUUCCAAAGUCGUCUCUGUUCGAAUGAAACGAUCCAUGUCUGCGAACCGCAGACGUAUUUCCGGUCGUCUACGACGCAUGAUAUAACAAGCGGGCGCGCGUUUAUGUUUUAAAGCGGCCCAAUUGUUACUCCGGCCAAUUUACUGACUAAGAACUGUUAUGAAUCGUUCGAUUGACGUUUGCGAAAAAGAAUUCACACUGAAUUCAAAGUUUUCCAAAUAAGAAGUUAAAAGAACAAAUUAAACUGAAAGGCGCCAGGUUAUUACUAACACAUUUUUGUAAAUAUCUUUCGCCUGUGGGGGGAAAGGGAGUUUUCCCAAUUUCCUGUUUCAUUUUUCCCCUCGCACAGUCUCUGCAAUUUUUUUGCCCCCUUCCACUAAACAGAGAGCCUGUUUACCAGGCUACAUAAAUGCCGUUUUCGUGACGGAUUUACGACAGAUCGAGGUUGACAGGCUGCUAAUAAUAAUAAUAAUAAUUAUAAUAAUAAUAAACAGUUUAAAUAGUUCAGGAUAUGGUACGUUUAUUGCACUAAAUUACUUUGGUAUCAUCUGAGGAGGCAUGUCUUUCUCUAUUCUCAAAGGCUGAAAAAAUGGGAAGUGGAAAUGAUAAGAGGAGAGAAAGAGGAGGAUUUGUUCCACGGACAGAAAAAGAUCUUAAUGAAAACACUCAAAAGGAGACUGAAACAAAGGAAAUAUCAGGUAUUAAUAUAAGAGAAUUUAACUAAGGGAACAAUUGGUUAAAGCGAAUAAUUGUACCCAGGGUCAUUGAACUCCACCGAUGAGCCGUUAGGCGCCAUUUUAGGUGAGGUGAAAAGAGAGAGUGUGUUUUAAAUAGAGAGACUGGGGCCAAUGGCCACAUAUGGCGGAUCCCUCAUCGUUCAAGGCGGUAGAAGAUAUUUGGACUAUUCUCAUAGUUAUGGACAUAAUACAUAUAUGAUCAACAAAAAUAAACAACAACAACAACAACAACAAUCAAGCGAAAUGUAAUUUUUGUUUGUAAAUAAAAGAAAAAUAAGGCCAGUUCAUGAGUGUAACCACGAGAACAACAAGAGAGGAGACUGAAUAUUUUAAACGGAAGUAAAAAGUAUUAAACAGUCAAGCAACAUACCAGGUAUGUUAUGUUGAGAUCAAAUACCUUGGGUCUAAAAUUAAAAUAAAUAAAUGGAAAUUGAGAGGAAUCCCCCUUUAGAAUGAGUCAACUAUAGAAGAUUCUUCUCUAGGAAUAAAUCUAUCAUAAAAACAUGAAAACAACGAUAACUUAAAUUUCUUUAUCAAAACUUACAAAAUGGGGACACUAAGCUGAAUAUAUGGCAAACAAGAUACCUCACUCAAGUUAUUUGGGCGCACAAUGCAAUGUUGGUUAAGACCCUGGGCUUAUCCAAUUUAGUUUAUGCAGCCUCUAUGCUGCGUGUUCCUGAAAUGGUUAUUAAACGGUACAAGAAAAAAUAACAAAAUUUUUGUGGAAAAACAAAAGUGAUAAAAUAAAAAUACCUGUUAUAUUUCAAUCUCUGUCAAGCGGUGGACUUAACUUUCCUAACUUUCGCACAGUGGUUAAAUCUUUAUUCUUGAGCUGGCUCGGCAGGUUUUUAAACCGUACAAAUAAAUCAUGGCAAGCAAUCCCAAAUGACUCCUUUAAGAGAUAUGGAGGGUUACCUUUUUUCGACUUCUAGCAAGUUAAGCGUAUCUACUAAAAAGCAUGAGCAUCUAUAUUUUGGACACAUCUUUUUGAGAAAGGAAUCUGUUUUGUUCAAGACUUAUUAGACGACAACGGAAAAUUCUUGUCCCUUGAUGAUUUACCAGUUAAAUACUAAUAACGUUCACCUGAAAUUUCUUCAAUAUUUUCAACUUAUCGCUGCGAUUCCAAGCUGCUUGAAGAAAAAAGCUCAAGAAAUUGCCGUAACGAAAAGAGACCUACUUAAGGAACAAGAGGUUUUUUACUUUUCUGACAAUAGACCACUCUCCCUGACUAAUCUGAGAUGUAAGGACUACUACAAUUUCUUUCAGGAAGGUAAAACUACAGAGCCUACUGCUGUUAAACGCUGGUCUAGCUUCUUUCCUUACUUUGCCACUAGUUGGAAGCAGUCUUUGAAUUCAAUUUGUAAAUCGACUAAAGACAAUAAAUUAAGAGAAUUCGGUUACAAAAUUCUCCAUAGAAUUUUAGUAACCAACAAAGGACUUAAGAAAUUCAGAAUCAGAAAUGAUGAUCUUUGUGAUCAGUGUAAGACUGCUGAUUCACUGGAACAUACCUUCUUACAAUGCCCUGCAAAUGUUACAUUUUAUUAUGAAAUCUUAUCAUGGUUUACUGUGUGCCAUAAUACUGUUAUUAAUCUUUCCCCGGAGCAAAUUCUGAUGCAGAAAUAUAUCCCUGGUCCUAUAAAUGAUAACCUCAGACGCCGACUAGAACUACUCAUCCUGUUUAUUAAAAAGUAUGUAUACAGUUGUAAAACUAAUGUGGUGCCCCUUAACUGUACACAAUUUAUAAAUACAGUGAAACCUGUAUUAAGCGGACACCCUCUCGGAGAAUGCUGUAGUGUCCGCUUAAUACAGGAUGUCCGCCUAAUACAGGUUUCGAUAUAUAACGUCAUAUGAGGUGUCAAAUGCCAUUCAAAUGAACAGUGGAAGCGUUUAUAAUACUCCCAGAGACUAUGACGAUAGACGUUUGCAUUAAUUUCUUUAUCAANAAAUUCAGAAUCAGAAAUGAUGAUCUUUGUGAUCAGUGUAAGACUGCUGAUUCACUGGAACAUACCUUCUUACAAUGCCCUGCAAAUGUUACAUUUUAUUAUGAAAUCUUAUCAUGGUUUACUGUGUGCCAUAAUACUGUUAUUAAUCUUUCCCCGGAGCAAAUUCUGAUGCAGAAAUAUAUCCCUGGUCCUAUAAAUGAUAACCUCAGACGCCGACUAGAACUACUCAUCCUGUUUAUUAAAAAGUAUGUAUACAGUUGUAAAACUAAUGUGGUGCCCCUUAACUGUACACAAUUUAUAAAUACAGUGAAACCUGUAUUAAGCGGACACCCUCUCGGAGAAUGCUGUAGUGUCCGCUUAAUACAGGAUGUCCGCCUAAUACAGGUUUCGAUAUAUAACGUCAUAUGAGGUGUCAAAUGCCAUUCAAAUGAACAGUGGAAGCGUUUAUAAUACUCCCAGAGACUAUGACGAUAGACGUUUGCAUUAAUUUCUUUAUCAAAGUGAACCAAUUGAUCAUAGUACCAUAAGCAUGGAUUGCAACUCAAAUUUCAAGAAAUCAGAUGAGUAAAACAAGCGCUAUACAAACAAAACGAAAUAGAAAACGAUCCUGUACUGUGAAACUAAUCAAAUAAGUUCGUCAAGUCAUGUUUUUUAAUGUGAAAAUCGAAAACGUUUUGGGUAACAAUUCGAGGCAAUCUUUCACAUUUCCGGUGUCUGGCAUGUUGGGUCGUGGAAUUUAAUUACAAGUGUCCGUUUCAUACCGGUUGGCAACAAUAACAAUGACCAUUUCAGGUACUUCUUAGGUGUCCGCGUCCGCUUAAUAGGGAUGUCCGCUUAAUAAAGGUUUCAUUUAAAGUAAAUAAGGGAAAUAAAUUUGGAGACUUCGGCUACUGUCUGAUUAAUAGAGGGUGUCUGCUUAAUAGAGGGUGUCCGCUUAAUAGAGGGUGUCCGCUUAAUACGGUGUCCGCUUAAUACAGGUUUCACUGUAAUUUAAAACACGAUGGAAAAUAGAAAUUUUAACUUAAAGUAAUUAUUAUCUCUCUGAACCUUCUCACAUGUAAUUAACCUAUAAUUCAGUUAAUAAUGCAAAUUGUAAGCAAUAACAUUGUAAAUUAGUAUUACGUAUGUUGAUGUAAGUAAUUUCCAUUUACUUUUUAUUUGUUCUAUUUCCCUUUUAGUGUGCUUCUGUAUUUUUUUGUUUUUGUUUUUCAAUGUCAUUAUUGCAAAUAAAAAUUUAAAAGAAUAGAAGAUUCAUUCUCUAUAAGUUUGAACCUCUCUAGAUGUUACACUAAGGUCACUGAGCGUGAGACCAAAGAAAAUUGUCUCUUUUUUAUGCUGUGAGACAAAGCAGAAAAUGGCGUCCUUCUAUCUUUAUUUCUUUAAGGACAAUUGAUAGAGUUGAGACAGCAGUUGGAAAGUAUCCAAGAGCAACUAAGGCAGAGAGACGGACAACUGAGCGAGGCGACACAACAGCUCACAAAUGUUCAAGGGAAGCUACAGGAGAGAGAUGGACAAUUGAGGCAGAUGACGCAACAGUUUACAAAUGUUCAAGGACAACUAAGAGAGAGAGAUGAACAGCUGAGAGAGAGGACAUUGCAGUUGACAAAUGUUGAAAGACAACUACUGGAGAAAGAUGGACAAUUGAGAGAAAUGACACAACAGCUGUCAAAUAUUCAAGGGCAACUUAGAGAAAGAGAAGGACAACUGACACAACAGUUGACAAAUUUGCAAGGGCAAGUUCAAGAAAAAGUUGAAGAAAAUACCUCCUUAGAGGAGCAACUGAGGGCAAAAGAACAAGAAGUGAAUGAACUGGAAAUAUCUCUUGCAACAGCUCAGCAAGCGUUACGUGGACGUCCACGCCAACAGUCACCUGAUUGGGUCAUUUCACGUGAUCAAAUUCAGCUGACAGAGAAAUGCCUUGGCAAGGGAGGGUGGGGAAGUGUUAUCGAAGGCAAGUACUGUGGCUGUAGUGUUGCCGUGGAACAGAUUUACGAGGUGCUUCUGAACCUCUCCUCUCAUAACAGAGAAUUGUUUGAGCGAGAAAUGUCGUAG